ACAGAUGAGGAAAAAUACUGUGAGGAGACAGCAAACUCGGAACUGAUGAAGCGGCCUCCUCAGCCAAUGUUUGCUCUUCUCACGAGGAAAAGGAAAGAGCAAUGAUUACAAAUACAUGGAAAAACACAUAUCUCAGGACACUGUGCAUUGGAGUCAGAGAGCAGAGGGGGCAGCUAAUGUGUAACUUAGGUUAGGCAACCAGGGGGAUAAAAUAGGAGCACAAAUUGUCACUUGGAGUCAGAUCCUGAGCGCAGGAAACGGCAGAAGAUCCACUUCACAAGACAACAUCGCUGAAGUUGCAGUCAAUCAUGAACCCUGGAGUGAGUUUUUUGUGCUUCCUUCUCUGCAUUACCAUUGUGGGCUGUGACCGGGUCUACGUCCACCCAUUCUAUCUGUUCGACGUGGGAAACCUAACUGGUUGCAAGAAAGUGGAAGACAGGGAACAGCAGGGGAAUAAUUUUGUCCCCGUCUCAAAUUUAUCUCACAUCAGUUCGGCCCAUGAGGAGGGUGUCAGAAACAAGAGCGAGGGAAGAAGUCAUUUACGGAGAGAGCUGAGAGACCCAAUUUAUAUUAUGGGUGCACGUUUCUAUGAACAACUGAGGAAAAUGCACAAGGAAGAAAAUAUUCUUCUGUCCCCCACAUUCAGCUACGAGUCCUUGCUAGCCUUCUAUAUAGGGGCCUCUGGUGAAACAGCAAAGGAAUUGCAGAUUUUUUUAGGAUUUGACUCCUCAUCCGUUAAUCCAAACUGCACCUACAGAAUUGAUGGGCGCAAAGUAUUCUCUGUACUGAGCAGCAUUGCUAAAAGUCCAUUUCACUCAAAAGAAGAUGAUCAGCUGUUCUUCUCGAAGUUCUCCUGGCUUUUUUCUGCCCCCGAAAUCCGUUUAUCCGAGUCCUUUGUCAAUGAUUUGGUCUUUCCAAACAUGAAUCUCUUUGUACGAGCUGUGGACUUUACAAACCCCACAAAGGCAGCAGAAGAAAUUAAUGCUUUUGUCAAAGGCAUCCACCAUAGUAAGAGUUUGCUGGCAGACAUUGAUCCAGAAACUAACCUCCUGUUAGCAACUUACACUCAUUUCAAAGUCUCUGUAAAGGGAGCCUCCCUACUGAAAGAACCUCAGGAAUUCUGGCUCAGUUCACACAAAACAAUCCCUGUACCAAUGAUGAGAAUAACCGGAACCUUUCAGCAUAAAUGUGAUCCCAGCCAGAACAUUUCUUCCAUCAAAAUUCCUCUCAGCCAGGAUUUAUUUCUGCUGCUUUUGCAGCCCACCAAUAACAGUGACCUGGCCAGUGUUGAAAAUCAAUAUUCCAUGAAGGCUCUUUCCAACGAAUGGCUGGUGGGACUGUCCCCAAGACAAAUCCAGCUGACUUUGCCAAAGGUGUGCUUGGAAAGCACAUAUGAUAUACAGGAACUCCUUGGCAAAAUGCCCCUGUCUUACCUGCUUGGAAAUAAAGCCAACCUCACACGACUAAGUGACAACAACAUAACUGUUGGGAAGAUCAUAAACCAGCAGCUUUUGGAGCUCAUUCCCAGGACAGCAGAUGAAGCAACAGACCCCACAGCAGGAAGUCAAGACACCGAGGCGCUCAAAAUAACACUGGACAAGCCAUUUUUGCUAGCAGUGUAUGAAAUGUCAGGCGCACAGCUUUAUUUUGGCAGAAUAACAAAUCCCCUGAAAGGAACAUAAACUUCCACAAAGGGGGGGGGGAAUGGCUUCCCAGACUUCAUUUGAUCUUUUCCUUGCUUAGCAACUGUUUUGUAUAAUCCCACCGAGUCCUAAUUAGAGAUUUUGAAAUGGCAAAACUGAUAUAUCUUUCGAUUAUAAUAUUGAUAAAAUUAUCAAUAGCAUUUAGCAACAUCUUUAUUCCAU